GAAGCGUCCCUCAGAGGCGCAGGGGACGGCGGAGGCGGCGGUCGCGGCCUGGCGGCGCUCCUCCUUUCUCGCUCCGGGGCUGGACGGCGGCGCCAGGACGGAGGAGAGGCGGCGGAGGGGCCGGGCCCGGCGGCCUCGGAGGACGAGGAAGGCCCCGCUGAAGGGAGGCGAGGAGGACGGGGAGGAGGAGGGCGACGGGGCCUGGGCCGCCAUGGAGCCCCCGGGGCAGGUCAAGGACCGCAUCCUCGAGAACAUCUCGCUCUCCGUCAAGAAGUUGCAGAGCUACUUUGCCGCCUGCGAGGAUGAGACUCCGGCCAUCAGGAACCACGACACUGUCCUCCAGCGGCUCUGUGAGCACCUUGACCAUGCGUUGCUCUAUGGGCUCCAAGACCUCCCUUCCGGCUACUGGGUCCUGGUGGUCCACUUCACCCGCCGCGAGGCCGUGGAGCAGAUAGAGCUGCUGGAACAUGUGGCCACAAACCUGGGCCGGAGCCGCGCCUGGCUGUACCUGGCCCUGAACGAGAACUCCUUGGAGAGCUACCUGCGCCUUUUCCAGGAGAACCUGAGCCUGCUGCACAAGUAUUACGUCAAGAAUGCCCUUGUCUGUAGCCACGACCACCUGACCCUCUUCCUCACGCUGGUCUCUGGCCUGGAGUUUAUCCGCUUCGACUUGGAUCUGGACGCUCCCUACCUGGACCUGGCGCCUUACAUGCCCGACUACUACAAGCCCCAGUACCUGCUGGACUUUGAGGACCGCCUGCCCGGCUCGGUCCACGGCUCCGACAGCCUCUCGCUCAACUCCUUCAACUCGGUCACCUCCACCAACCUGGAAUGGGACGACAGCGCCAUCGCGCCCUCCAGCGAGGAUUAUGAUUUUGGCGACGUCUUCCCGGCGGUGCCGUCGGUGCCCACUGCAGCCUGGGAAGACGGAGACCUGACCGACACGCUCAGCUGCCCACGUUCGGUGACCUCGGAGCUGACCGCCGGCCGGGCCUCGGCCAAGAGCCCCCCGCAGCAGCAGCAGCAGCAGCUUCAUCGCUACAACCCUUUCAACGAGAAGGCGGAAGCCCCGUCCUCCCUGGAGAGCACGCCCGUCCACUCGGCCGCCCCGGAGAAGCCGGACGGCACCGCCGCAGAAGGGACGGACCAGUCCGAGGGCGGCACGGAGCUGGAGGUCAUCAGGCUGGCGAAGAAGAAGAAGCCUGGGAAGAAGAAGAAGGCCCGGCUGGAGGAGGCCGCCGUCCCGGCCCGCUCUGCCCCGGAAGGGCCGCACGAGGAGGAGGAGGACGGAGGAGGCCGGAGUGGCGAGUGGGCCGAGCGGGUGGAGUGUCCCGUGGAGCCCUCUCCCCCGCAGCUGGGCCUCUGCAUCCCCGAGAUGAAGGACACCUCCAUGGAGCGCGUGGGGCGGCCCCUGAGCAAGGUCAUCGACUCCCUGGGGGACCUUGGUGGUGGAGUGGAAGAGUUCCCGCGGCCGGAGCAGCCCUUUCGGACUGAUGCCGAGGGCCCGUCCCCUGGCGGCCUUGGGGAGGGGGUCCUGGCCCCCAUGGACUUCUACCGCUUUGCCCUCGAGAGUCCAAACGCUCCUGCGGCAAGUGGUGGCCACCAUGACCCUGCAGGGGAUGGCCAACCGGCACAUGUUCCUGGUGGCCCUGAGGCUGCUGCAGAAGAGGGCGGAGGCCCCGGAGGGGGAGAGGCCGCUGGGGGGCCCCCCGUAGACGAGGAGCCGGUCGACGAGGACGACGGCGGGGGGCCCAAGGGCGGCCGGGCCAGCCCCUCCCCCAGCAGCGCAGGGGACUCCGGGGUGGACGAGGGCCAGGGCAGCCCCUCCGAGGCGGGCCACCCCUCCGAGUUCAGGGUGGACAACAACCACUUGUUGCUGCUGAUGAUCCAUGUCUUCCGGGAGAACGAGGAGCAGCUCUUCAGGAUGAUCCGGAUGAGCACGGGGCACAUGGAGGGGAUUCUGCAGCUGCUCUUUGUGCUGCUGACCGACUGCUACAUCUACCUCAUCCGCAAAGGGGCCGCAGAGAAGCCCUACAUGGUGGAGGAGGCCGUUUCCUACAACGAACUGGACUACAUCUCGGUGGGCCUGGACCAGCAGACGGUGACCUUGGUCUGCACCAACCGCAGGAAGCAGUUCCUCCUGGACACGGCCGACGCCACCCUGACGGAGUUCUUCCUGGUCUCCCUGAAGUCGGCCAUGAUCAAAGGCUGCCGGGAGCCGCCGUACCCCAGCAUCCUGACCGACGCCACCAUGGAGAAGCUGGCCCUGGCCAAGUUCGUGGCCCAGCAGUCCAAGCGGGAGAUCUCGGACGUGGUGGUCUGCUUCUACGGCCUGGUCCACUGGGAGGACCCCCUGGAGGAGGCGCUGGGGCCGGCCCCCGCCCCGUUCGCCCCCGCGGAAAACGGCACCGCCAAGGAGGGCGUCCUGAGCUACAAGGCGGGCACCAACUACCUGGGCAAGGAGAACUGGAAGCCCUGCUUCGUGGUGCUCAGCAACGGCAUCCUGUACCAGUACCCGGACCGCACGGACGUCACCCCGCUGCUCUCCAUCAACAUGGGCGGGGAGCAGUGCGGCGGGUGCCGCCGGUCGAACACCACGGAGCGGCCCCACUCCUUCCAGGUCAUCCUGACCGACCGGCCGGGGCUGGAGCUCAGCGCCGAGAACGAGGAGGAGAUGGCCGACUGGAUGCAGUACCUGUGCCAGGCCGUCUCCAAGGGGGUCAUCCCCCAAGGGGUGGUCCCCGCGCCCUGCGUGCCCUGCUGCCUGGUGCUGACGGAGCAGAAGCUCUUCACCUGCCACGAGGACUGCCAGACCAGCUUCUUCCGCUCCCUGGGCGCCGCGGAGCUGUCGGACGUGGCCUCCGUCUCCACCGAGGCCGGCCGGGAGUACUGCCUCCUGGAGUUUGCCCAGGACCGCAAGCAGUUCCUGCCGCCCUGGAUCCUCUACUUCAGCUGCUUGGCCGAACUGGAGCGCUUCCUGUCGGCGCUGGACGCAGCCUGGAGGAACACCUACCAGGUGGAGCUCCCGCACAGGCGUCUGGAGGAGGCCUCGGUCCGGAAGAAGUGCCAGGACGCCCUGAGCCUCAUCCACAGCUCCUGGCAGCGGAGCGACAGCCUCUGCCGGGGCCGGGCCUCCAGGGACCCCUGGUGCUAGCCUCCCCGGCGGGAGCGGGACACGGUUCCUGGGGUGGGUUCAGUAGGGGCUUCUGCUUCCGAAGGCGAGGCGUUUGGCGCCUGCUUCUCGGUCCGUCCGUCAAAGCGUCACAGCCGCAAGUGUCUCCUGGCGGUGCGGACGGAGAGCGGGAG